UUCCUACCAGCUUCAUGACUACGCUACGAAAGCUAAACUCACAAUUAAGUCAGUCUCGAUACAGAACAGGCCCCACAUCACCGUACGGGGAGACCUUCUUUUGCCUUCAGAGACUUGGGAUCAGUCUUUGGUUGACACAACGAGUGACCGAAGCAAGAAACCGCAGUCAAUGCCAGACGGCGAAGUGUCCUGCGGAGCCGAUCAUUUUAUGGCCGGUGCUACGAGUUUUUGCGCUACCACCACCUCGCCGCCAGUGGAACGGUCUUUGGGUGUUUCUGGUGUUGAUGAAGAUGGACAGGAACCCCGUUCAAGUGCUCAAGGGGCUGGAAAAGACCCCAGAAAGAUCGCGAGAAAGUACCAGUUGGAGCUAUGCAAGAAAGCUUUGGAGGAGAACAUAAUUGUUUAUUUGGGGACGGGUUGUGGGAAGACCCACAUUGCUGUGCUGCUCAUAUACGAACUUGGUCACUUAAUAAGGAAUCCCCAGAAGAAUGUAUGUAUUUUUCUUGCUCCAACGGUGGCUCUGGUUCAGCAGCAAGCCAGGGUCAUAGAAGAAUCUAUUGAUUUCAAGGUCGGGAUCUAUGGUGGGAGCUCUAAGCAUUUGAAAAGCCAUGAAGACUGGAAAAAAGAGAUUGAGCAGUAUGAGAUUCUUGUUAUGACGCCGCAAAUACUUCUGCGUAACUUAUACCACUGCUUUAUCAGGAUGGAGUUGAUUGCACUCCUGAUAUUUGAUGAGUGUCAUCAUGCUCAAAUCAAAACAAACCAUCCUUAUGCGAAAAUCAUGAAACUCUUCUACAAAACCAAUGUUGGAAAAAAUCCCCGUAUUUUUGGCAUGACUGCGUCUCCAGUUGUGGGAAAAGGUGCUUCCGAUCAAGCAAAUUUACCAAAAAGCAUCAAUAGCCUUGAAAACUUACUCGAUGCAAAGGUUUACUCCGUUGAAGAUAAGGGAGAAUUGGAUAAUUUUGUAGCAUCUCCUAUAGUUAGAGUAUAUUAUUAUGGUUCCAUUACAAAUGAGGUAUCCAGCUCCCAUUUGACAUGCUGUAGUAAACUUGAGGAGAUGAAACGUCAGUGCAUAACAACACUUAGUAUGAAGAUAAAUGAUCAUCAAAAGCUACGGAACUCGAAGAAGCUACUAACAAGAAUGCAGGAUAAUAUGUUAUUCUGUUUGGAAAACCUUGGCCUUUGGGGAGCAUUACAAGCUAGCCGCAUUCUUUUGACUGGUGAUCACUCUGAGCGGAAUGAAUUAAUAGAGGUGGAAGGAAAUUUCAGUGAUGACUCUGCAUGUGAUAGAUAUCUAGCUCAUGCUGCUGAAGUCUUUGCUUCUGAAUGUAUGAAAGAUGGUGCUUCAUCUGAUCUGUCACGUGUAGAGGUCUUAAAGGAGCCAUAUUUUUCAAGAAAGCUUUUACGCCUUAUUGGAAUUCUUUCAUCCUUCAGGUUACAACCAAAUAUGAAGUGUAUAAUAUUUGUAAAUAGGAUUGUAACUGCGAGAUCCGUGUCGUGCAUGCUACAGAAGCUUAAGUUUCUAGCUUUUUGGAAGUGUGAUUAUCUUGUUGGAGUCCACUCUAAAAUAAAAAGUAUGUCGCGGAAGACCAUGAACAAUAUUCUCGAUAGAUUCCGAUCUGGAGAGUUAAAUCUUUUGGUUGCAACUAAAGUUGGUGAAGAAGGACUUGAUAUUCAGACAUGCUGCCUUGUGAUUCGGUUUGAUCUUCCAGAAACUGUUUCUAGCUUCAUACAAUCGAGAGGUCGUGCACGGAUGCCUCAGUCUGAAUAUGCCUUUUUGGUGAACAGUGGCAACCAGAAAGAGCUAGAUUUGAUAGAAAAUUUUCAAAAAGAUGAAGAUCGAAUGAAUAUGGAAAUUGCUCAUCGAACAUCAAAUGAAACAUUUUUGGGUUCUGAAGAAAGAAUUUAUAAAGUCGAUUCAUCUGGUGCUUCUAUCAGCUCUGGAUAUAGCAUCUCAUUACUCUACCAGUAUUGUGCAAAACUACCACAUGAUGAGUUUUUUAACCCCAACCCGGAGUUCUUUUAUUUUGAUGACUUGGGGGGUACUGUCUGCCAAAUCAAUUUACCUUCCAAUGCUCCAAUAAACCAAAUAGUUGGUACACCACAAUCUUCAUUGGAAGCUGCUAAACAAGAUGCUUGUCUGAAAGCAAUUGAAAGUUUGCAUAAAAUGGGUGCCUUGAAUGACUAUCUCUUGCCUGGGGUAGAUGAUGCAUAUAUAGAUGAAGUGGGGUUGGAUUCUUCUAACUCAGAUAGCUGUGCAGAUGAGAGUUCACGGCAAGAACUCCAUGAGAUGCUUGUGCCUGCUGCGCUAAAGGAACCAUGGACUAAUUUGGAAAAUCCUGUCUGUCUUAAUUCUUACUAUAUAGAAUUUUGUCCUGAUCCCAAGGAUAGGAUCUAUAAAAAGUUUGGUUUAUUUGUCAAAGCACCUCUCCCACUAGAGGCUGAGAGAAUGGAACUUGAUCUUCAUCUGGCUCGUGGUAGAUCUGUGAUGACAAAGUUGGUCCCAUCUGGAGUUGCAGAAUUCAAUCAAAUUGAGAUUACGUUAGCCAAGAAUUUUCAAGAAAUGUAUCUCAAGGUCAUCCUUGACAGAUCAGAAUUUAUUCCUGAAUCUGUUUCGGUGGGAAAGAAUGAUAUUUUUAAGUCAAGUUCCUUAACCUUCUACCUGUUGCUUCCAGUAAUUUUGCAUGAUAAUGAGAGCAAGAUUGCUGUAGAUUGGAAAAUUAUUAGUAGAUGUUUAUCGUCCCCAGUUUUCCGGACUCCAGAAGAUGCCAUGGUCGAAAAAUAUCCUUUGGGGGUUUAUCUGCAACUUGCCAAUGGUUGCAGAAGUAGAAGUGAUGUUGAGAACAGUCUAGUGUAUGCCCCACACAAAAAUGAGUUUUACUUUAUUACUAACAUCAUUCAUGGAAUGAAUGGAUACAGCCCUUGUAAGGACUCAGAAACUUCAAGCUACGCAAACCGCUUAUAUGAGAAGUUUGGCAUUGAGCUUAAGCACCCUGAACAACCUUUUCUGAAUGCAAAACCACUUUUUUGCUUGCGUAACUUGCUCUGCAACCGAAAGCCAGAGGAUUCAGAAUCGCAUGAACUGGAGGAAUACUUCAUUGAUUUGCCUCCUGAGCUAUGUCACUUGAAGAUCCUAGGCUUUUCAAAAGAUAUUGGGAGUUCAAUAUCUUUGUUACCAUCAAUCAUGCAUCGACUGGAAAACUUGCUUGUGGCCAUUGAACUGAAGCACACCUUUUCUUCUGCAUUCCCUGAAGGAGCUGAAGUUACAUGCCAUCGACUUCUAGAAGCAGUCACCACUGAGAAGUGCCAGGAGCGCUUUUCCCUCGAACGACUUGAAAUACUUGGUGAUGCUUUUCUCAAAUUUGCUGUUGGACGGCACCUCUUUAUUUUGCAUGGUACUCUUGAUGAAGGAGAACUUACAAGGAAACGUUCUCAUGUUGUGAACAAUUCCAAUUUGUACAAGCUAGCCACUAGGAGCAAGUUACAGGUUUACAUCCGUGAUUGUUCAUUUGAUCCCUGCCAAUUCUUUGCUCUGGGCCGCCCUUGCCCAAUAAUCUGCAACAAGGAGACAGAAGCAGCUGUUCAUUUCCAGCAUUCAAGUGGUCUAGCAGAUCAUGCAAGUUCCAGUCCAACUAGAUGCAGUAGAGGUCACCACUGGCUUCAUAAGAAAACAAUCGCUGAUGUGGUUGAAGCUCUUGUUGGAGCGUUCAUAGUUGAUAGUGGCUUCAGAGCUGCAAUUGCAUUUCUUCGAUGGAUUGGCAUACAGGUAGAUUUUGAAGCCUCACAAGUUUGCAAGGCCUGCAUGGCAAGCACUAGCUACAUCCCGCUUGCUACUUCUUUGGACAUUCCUUCCCUUGAAAAUUUGUUAGGGUAUCAGUUUUUCCAUAGAGGUCUGCUUAUACAGGCAUUUGUACAUCCUUCGCACAACAAGAAUGGAGGAGGCUGCUAUCAGAGAUUGGAGUUUCUUGGAGAUGCUGUCUUGGAUUACUUAAUCACAUCAUAUCUUUAUUCAACUUAUCCAAAGUUGAAGCCUGGUCAAUUGACAGAUUUGAGAUCUGUGCUUGUGAAUAAUGAGGCGUUUGCCAGUCUUGCAGUAGAACGAUCCUUCCACAAAUUUCUUAUAUGUGAUUCCAGCAGCCUUACCGAGGCAAUUGAAAUGUAUGUGGAUGCUGUUAAAAUGCAAGCGCCUGAACGGAGUCUUCUUGAGGGGCCAAAAUGUCCAAAGGCUUUGGGUGACUUGGUAGAGUCUUCUCUGGGUGCCAUUCUUCUUGAUUCAGGGUUUAAUCUGGGGCUUGUGUGGACGAUAAUGCUUUCCUUUUUGGAUCCAAUCAUGAGGUUCUCCAGUUUGCAGAUUAGUCCUUUCAGGGAACUGCAAGAACUUUGCCAAUCUUAUAAUUGGGAUCUACAGUUUUUACCAUCACAGAAGGGUGGAAUGUCUUUGGUUGAAGCACAAGUGAAUGGAAAAGAUGUUUGUGCAACUGCCUCUGCAAUAUACCGAAACAAGAAAGAUGCUAUUAGGAUUGCUUCACAAAAAAUAUCAACAAUUUUGAAGGCUCAAGGCUACAUACCGAAGUCAAGAACUUUGGAGGAAGUUUUGAAGUCAAGCUGCAAGAUGGAAGCCAGACUGAUUGGAUAUGAUGAAACACCUAUAGAUGUAAAUACCCCUGAUGCAAUUGGAUUUGAGAAGUUGAUGGUACAACAGCCUUUUGACAGAGAUUUUGAGCCAAAAAUUAUAGCCCUAUCUAAAGUAUCUGAUAGUAAUCCCCCAUGCAUAACACCUGUUAUUAAACACCCACCUGGCACCAUAAGAGGGCAGGCUUGCAGGACAGCUGAGAAUCCAAGCUUUGAUCCUGACCUACAGUCCACAGGUGGGUCAAACAAAGCAACGGCAAGAUCGCGAUUGUAUGAAAUCUGUGCUGCUAACUGUUGGAAACCCCCUCUAUUUGAAUGUUGCAGAGAGGAUGGACCAAGCCACUUAAAGUUAUUCACUUUCAAGGUGACUGUGGAAACAGAAGCCCCAGAUGUUAUUUUGGAGUGCUUGGGAACACCGCAGUCAAAAAAGAAAGAUGCAUCAGAGCAUGCAGCAGAAGGAGCCCUUUGGUACUUAAAGCACCAAGGAUACUUUCUUGAGAGCGACUGACAUGAUACUGCAAAAGAUUUUGCUGAAUCAGCUUUGGUAAGCAUUGAAGAUUUUAAUGCAGGAGGCUUACUAAAACAAACGGUUCAAAACUAAAAUUUCUAUAUAUGAUAUUAUAUAUGGAAGGUGCGUUGGUGAUUGUAAAUGGUGGUUAAUGUUGAAAUCCAUCGACUCAAGGGAGAUAGGAAGGUAAACUGCGUAUUCUUCCAGUUUUUGGAGGCAAUUCGAGGAGCCUCCAAAACACUAAUUAGAAUACUUCAGGCUAAAUAAUCAUAUUUCAUUCAUAUGAAGCUUAAGUUUAAUACAAAAUAAAUUAACUACUUUACAUAA